AUGACGGGCGUGCCGUUCAUGAAAGGACCCUUCAGCCUCCCCUCGAAGGAGGCGAAGGAGGCCGAGAAGAAGAAGAGGGCCGCGAUCGCGCGAGUGAAGAAGUGGGUGGAGCAGCACAUGCCCCCGGAGUACCUCGAGGACCGCAAAUGCGUCGUCGACGUCUCCGAGGUGCAAUGCGGCGACCCGAACUGCGCGCCCAUCGACACGAUCGUCCGCCUCAUCUUCCCCAACGAGUGCGGCACCGUGUUCGGCGUGCCGUGCGAAGCCCACGAGGUGGAGGAGGAGGACAUCCUCAGCAUGAUGCCCCCCGACGAGUACUUCGCCAAGUGGGCCGCGGGCGAGAAGGCGGAGUGGCCGCUGCCGCCGGAGCCGCCCGACCCGGGAGAGAUCCCGGACGUCGAGCUUCGGUUCAAGGUUGGCGACAGAGUGCAGUGCUGCAUCGCGCGCGGGCCGGACGGGUGGGCCCCGGGCGUGGUCGUCUCGCUGUGGUACCGCGCGCCGAUGUGGCCGACGGGGCAGUACGCGCCGUAUCAGAUCAAGUUGGAUGGGCACGAUAGCCUGAUAUUCGCGCCGCAGGACAAAGACAACUGCAUCAAGGCGUGCCCGUGA